UCCAUUUAUCUUCAACCUCAGUAUUCAAAUUAUAUUAAUCCAAAGAGCACCCUUUAGUUGAAAAGUAUGGGACUGCUAUCCUCCGCCAACGUUACUGGCAUUAAGGUGACGUAUUUAGCGAAUGGGAUGCAAGUUAGGUUCGGGAAAAACACCUAAAAUCUUAGUGAAUAUAAAGACUUCGGGUUGCAUCUAUGGCGGGGAAUCUCAACUGCAGACCUAUAAUAACUACAACUAGCAGUUCUUGCAUUGAGUUUGGGAAUUCAAGCACAGAAGGCACUCCGUGGUAUGAGAAACAGUCCAUGCAGAACGUGCCUGAGUAUCUCAUCGUUGUUGAAGUGAUUUUGGGGCUGCUGGUGUGGACUUUGAUCGCAAGCACAGAGUAUUUCCGAUUUUCUCCAUUUGGAUGGGUGAUGUUUGUGUCUGUGUUCUGUUGGCUUCUUACAAUCUUUCUCCUCAUUAUAAGCCUGGCCAAAAGACAAAUCCGACAUGAGCAUUGGACAACAAUGGUUCUUGUUUUCAACUGUAGUGCGGCAUUAAUGUACAUGUCAGCUGCUAUUGUUGAGACAACGAUGGUAGACCGUGAGGUCAAAGGUCAUCAUGAUUACAAUUGCUGGGCAGCUUCAACGUUUUUUGCAUUCCUCAUUUCUCUGAGUUAUGUUGGUAGUGCAUUCUUCAGUUUUAAAUCCUGGAAAAGCAGAGGACAAUAACGCUGAUGUGUGAUGGGAAGUAAGCAGUUUCAAGUCACUGUUAAACAUGACUCAUUUUUAUCUUAAUUCUUCAGGCAUGGACUAUAUACUUGAAAAAAAAAAACACAGAUUUGCCUUUAAUAUUAAAACUUAAGGAAUGUUAGUUGAUGAAGAAAUACUAUUUUUGUUGUUACAAUAUUUGAAGUAAUUCUAUGAAGAUACAGAUUUGUCUUUUGCACAAAGAUGGUUUUAUGUUAUUUUCUUCUAUUCUGUAUGAUAAUACAUCACAGUAUAUGUUUAUAGCCUACUUCUCUAUUUAAUGUAGAUUUAAGGCUUAACUACUAGUAAUGAAAGAACAGACAUCAAAUGUUUUACCUUGUGCUUUGAAUGUGCCUUUAAAUGUAAAUUCUUAUUUGCAUCGUAUAAAAUGUGUUGGAAAUCGUCAUGAUAUUUGCACUGUUACUCGAUUUUUUCCAAAAGUUUUAAUGUGUUCAAAAAGUAAAGUGUAAUGAUUACUUC